UGUGCGGUGGAUGCUGGCCUGCGGGAGGAAUAAUGGCGGGGCGGGCCUAGCCGUGCGGUGGUAACUGCGAGCCUUGGGUCGAGCUACAUGGUUGGAUCUUCGUAUGUGCUUCAGAAGCCGGAAGCUGCUCCAUUUAAGUCAGUCGUUACAGCAGGUUUUAACCGACAUCCAUGGUGUGAGUUUGAUUCCAUGCUUGUAAGAUGACUACCGCUGCUCGACCAACCUUUGAACCUGCAAGAGGCGGACGAGGGAAAGGAGAAGGGGACCUAAGUCAGCUCUCCAAGCAGUAUUCUAGCAGGGAUCUUCCUUCUCAUACGAAAAUCAAAUAUAGGCAAACCACUCAGGAUGCCCCUGAAGAGGUGCGCAACCGUGAUUUCCGGAGAGAGCUGGAGGAGAGGGAGAGAGUUGCCGUGAGAGAGAAGAACCGAGACAGGCCGGCGCGAGAACACACAACUUCCUCUUCGGUCUCAAAGAAACCUCGCCUCGAUCAAAUCCCUGCCGCUAACCUGGAUGCAGAUGACCCUUUGACUGACGAGGAGGAAGAGGAGGAAGAUUAUGAUGAAGAGAGUGACGACGAUACAGCUGCACUGUUAGCUGAGCUAGAGAAGAUAAAAAAGGAACGAGCUGAAGAGCAAGCCCGGAAGGAACAAGAACAAAAAGCUGAAGAGGAGAGGAUACGGAUGGAAAAUAUCCUAAGCGGUAACCCUUUGCUGAACCUUACAGGACCAGUACAACCUCAAACAAAUUUUAAAGUGAAGCGAAGGUGGGAUGAUGAUGUUGUCUUCAAGAAUUGUGCUAAAGGUGUAGACGAGAUGAAAAAAGACAAACGAUUUGUCAACGACACGCUGCGGUCUGAAUUUCACAAAAAGUUUAUGGAAAAAUACAUCAAGUAGGAUCUCAUUUUUGAAUAGGUUGUGUUGCCGAUAGAUUGUGUGGCACAAGUCAUUUGCCUUCCAUCAGAAACAUGCUGGCUCGGAUGGAAAUCUGUCAACAGUGGGCAGGUAUCCCCCAUGAUCAUAGGUAUCUUUUUAACUUAAUUCCUCGUCUGGCAUAUUUUUGCAUGUUUUAUUGUUGUAAAAUUACCCCGUGCCGCCUGCCCCUUCCCUUUUCUUGAAGAUGUUGGUUUCCUUAUUGCUAUGAAUUUAUGUUCACUGGAAAAUCAUUUUGUAAAUGUUUUGAAAACGACUUCCAAUAAACCCUCCACUCACUCAUGA